CGAACGCCUCCUCCUCCCACUCUAGGGUUUCUUUUCGUCGGCGCUCGUAUAUAAACCCCUCCGUGGAUUUUCGCCUCAAAACUCCCCCGCUUCGAACUCGAGAGAUCGGAGAAGCGAUCGCGGCCGAGGAGCUCGAGAGGCGAAACCCUAGCUUCCGCCAUGUCUCUGAUCGCGAACGAGGAUUUCCAACACAUUCUUCGUGUUCUCAACACGAACGUGGAUGGGAAGCAGAAGAUCAUGUUCGCGCUCACCUCCAUCAAGGGUAUCGGGCGCCGCUUCGCCAACAUCGUCUGCAAGAAGGCCGACGUGGACAUGAACAAGAGGGCUGGUGAGAUUUCGGCUGCUGAGCUUGAGAAUCUCAUGACGAUUGUUGCGAACCCGCGCCAGUUCAAGAUCCCGGAUUGGUUCCUGAACAGGAAGAAGGACUACAAGGAUGGUAGGUACUCUCAGGUGGUGUCCAAUGCUUUGGACAUGAAGCUGAGGGAUGAUUUGGAGCGCUUGAAGAAGAUUAGGAACCACCGAGGUCUGCGCCACUACUGGGGUCUCCGAGUCCGUGGGCAGCACACAAAGACCACUGGCCGUAGGGGAAAGACUGUUGGUGUCUCAAAGAAGCGAUAAGUUUAGCAUCCUCCCUCUUCUCUUUCCUGUUAUGGUGUAUUAGCUUUCAACUUUGUUGAGGUCAUUAAGAGAGACAUUUUGUCAUUUGCCUUAGGUGUUUUUGGUGGAUUAUCUUUGGUUUUAGGUAAAAUUUUUGUAGCUUGUGAAACUUUAAUAUCUUAAUGUGCUUUUUAAUUGUUACGUGUUGGUAUUCGAGCGUAAGAUUUACAUGGUCUUUAUGCGAUUUGUAUGAACCAAGGUUGAAUUUGGUUUGUGAUUUGAUUUUUCUAUAUUGUCAAUCA